CAGGAAGUGAUGUCGUCCAAACAUGGCGGCGCCCUUGUCUGUGAAGAAAGUCCCGGCUUCCCUGCGCUCUGUGAGAAGUAUGUGAGGGGAAGACACAAAGUGACGACCAGCCGCCACAUAAGAUCUUUAGAUAUCUAUUAAACCAAACUAACCAAUAAAAGGCGGGGAAGCGACUUGCCCUUGAGAAUGAAGACUGUGCUUAUGGUAGCAGAAAAGCCUUCAUUGGCUCAGUCGAUUGCCAAAAUCCUUUCCAAAGGUAGUGCCACCUCUCGGAAAGGCUUGAAUGGAGCAUGCUCUGUGCAUGAGUACACAGGAUCUUUCAUGGGUCAGAGUGUGCGAUUCAAGAUGACAUCUGUCUGUGGCCAUGUCAUGAGCCUGGACUUUAUAGGGAAAUAUAACAACUGGGAUAAAGUGGACCCAGCAGAGUUGUUCAGCAAGGCACCUACAGAGAAGAAGGAGGCCAACCCCAAGCUCAACAUGGUGAAGUUCUUACAGGUGGAAGGAAGUCGAUGUGACUAUGUAGUCUUGUGGCUGGAUUGCGACAAGGAGGGAGAAAACAUCUGUUUUGAGGUGCUGGAUGCAGUGCUACCAGUGAUGAAUAGAACUCACACAGGGGAGCGUACUGUGCACCGUGCAAAGUUCAGCUCCAUCACAGAUACAGAUAUCAUCAAUGCUAUGAACAAGCUUGGGGAGCCCAACAAGAAUGAAGCCCUUUCUGUUGAUGCUAGACAGGAGUUGGACCUCAGGAUUGGCUGUGCCUUCACAAGGUUUCAGACAAAGUACUUUCAAGGUAAAUAUGGUAACCUGGAUAGUUCCCUAAUAUCUUUUGGCCCCUGCCAAACCCCCACCUUAGGAUUCUGUGUGGAGAGGCAUGAUAAGAUCCAGUCAUUCAAACCUGAAAUGUAUUGGGUCCUUCAAGUCAAGGUGAGUCGUGGCCAAGAGCAUCCUCUUACUCUGGACUGGGAUCGAGUUCGGGUCUUUGACAGAGAAAUAGCUCAGAUGUUCUUAAACCUUACAAAGACAAGCAGGGAGGCAACGGUAGAAUCUGUCAGCAAAAAGGAGAAGGCCAAGCAGAGACCUCAGGCAUUAAACACGGUGGAAAUGUUGAGAGUGGCCAGUUCAGCUUUAGGAAUGGGCCCUCAACAUACAAUGCAGAUUGCAGAGCGAUUAUACACUCAAGGCUACAUCAGCUAUCCUCGCACAGAGACCACACACUAUCCUGAGAACUUUGAUCUGAAAGGGACCCUAAGGCAGCAGGCCAACAAUCCAUUCUGGGGUGAUUCGGUGAAAGUUUUACUUGCUGAAAAUAUCAAUCGCCCCAGAAAAGGAACAGAUGCUGGAGAUCACCCUCCUAUUACACCAAUGCGUUCAGCAACAGAGGCAGAACUUGGUAGUGAUGCUUGGAGACUAUACGAGUAUAUAACUCGACAUUUUAUUGCUACCAUCAGUUAUGACUGCAAAUAUCUCCAGACAAGUAUUAAUUUCAGCGUAGGCUGUGAGAGAUUUACAGCCACCUGCAAGGAAGUCAUCUCUCCUGGGUUUACGGAAAUAAUGCCUUGGCUGGGUAUCCCAAUGGAGGAAAGUUUUCAGCCAUGUGAAAGAGGGGACAAGUUCACUGUGGAUGAGAUAAAGCUUCAGGAAAAGCAGACGUGCCCUCCAGAUUAUCUUACAGAAGCCGAGCUCAUCACCCUGAUGGAGAAACAUGGGAUUGGUACGGAUGCAAGUAUCCCAGUGCACAUCAAUAAUGUCUGCCAGCGUAAUUAUGUUACAGUAGAGAGUGGCCGCAGACUGAAGCCUACCAGUCUGGGAAUUGUGUUAGUACACGGCUAUUACAAGAUAGAUUCUGAGCUGGUUUUACCCACUAUACGGAGUGCAGUUGAAAAACAGCUUAAUCUGAUUGCUCUGGGGAAAGUAAAUUUCCAUCAGGUCCUGGAACAUACUCUGGAUAUCUUCAAGAGGAAGUUUCACUAUUUUGUGGAUUCUAUUGCAGGUAUGGAUGAAUUAAUGGAAGUGUCCUUCUCCCCCCUGGCUGCAACUGGCAAACCGCUGUCUCGCUGUGGAAAAUGUCAUCGCUUUAUGAAGUAUAUCCAGGCUAAGCCCAGCCGUCUGCAUUGCUCCCACUGCGAUGAGACGUAUAGCUUACCCCAAAAUGGAACCAUCAAGUUGUACAAGGAGUUGCGCUGUCCUCUGGAUGACUUUGAACUUGUGCUGUGGUCAUCAGGUUCACGGGGGAAGAGCUAUCCACUGUGCCCAUAUUGUUACAAUCAUACACCAUUCAGGGACAUGAAAAAAGGGAUGGGGUGCAAUGAGUGUACACACCCAACUUGCCAGCAUUCACUGAGUAUGCUUGGAAUUGCCCAGUGUGUGGAAUGUGAGAAUGGGGUGAUGGUCUUGGACUCCACCUCUGGUCCUAAAUGGAAGAUGUCCUGUAAUAAGUGUAACGUCAUUGUGCACUUCUUUGAAAACGCUCACAGGGUGCGAGUCUCAGCGGAGACCUGUGAAGUGUGCGAUGCUGCCCUUAUGCUUGUCGACUUUAAUAAAGCAAAGAGCCCCCUUCCCGGAGACCAAACUCAGCAUACAGGAUGUGUAUUUUGUGACAAUGUCUUCCAAGAUCUGGUAGAGCUCAAACAUGCCACUAUGAGACAUCCAAUGCACAGGGGUGGACAAGGAAGAAAACAAGGGAGAGGAAGGGGCAGAGCACGAAGAGGUAAUCCCAAGAAACCAAAGGACAGAAUGGCUGCCUUGGCAGCGUACUUUGUGUAACAUGUUUUUUUUAGCAUGUUCAAUAAAAUCUUGUU